AUGAGCGGCGAUGCGCGCUCCAUCGAGCGCCGAGCGUCAUCAUAUCAGCAACACCUGCCGCUUCAAUACGAGGAGAAUUCAUGGAACGGCCCCCCUUCUCCGGCAAUAUAUGCUGGCAUUUCAACUGAAAUUGCGAAGGAUGGGACCGUGACACUCGCCAUGGCGUUUCGUGAUGCCACAUAUCUCCUUGAUUUCUUCCAGAAGACUUUUAAGCCCAGCCGUACCAUUCUUUCCGAACUCGGAGACUUUAUGAUUAACUCGUUGCGCAAUUACAGUCAUACUCACACGGUGAAGUUCAUUGGUUUGGCAAUGCCACAUAGAAUCCCUGAUGAAUACCCUACGUUACGUGCUCGUCUAUGGGCUGAGGUUGAUGUGCUCCCCUUGAUCAUAGACGAGGGAAACAGGGAGGCAAGAGAUAAUAAGUUCAUUUUGGGGCAUCCUGAACAGAAAUCCUUUUGGAACAGAACUCUCGAUGAACAGGCAGAGUCGAUGGCCCGCAGAUGUGUCCGCCUAUUUGGGCCUGAGAACAUCCCCCUAUUGCAGGUUGGCUUUCGAGGCUUGGUGGAGGUAGACACUGGCUUCCGAGUUUGUCUGACCACUCUGCGUGAUUUCGAAAAAACAGUGAGCAAAAAGACGUGGGAUGCGAUUGAGUACUACGCCAAAGAUAUUAUACAUCGGAGGGUGAAGAUCGCCUUCUUCAGCGCAACCCCUCAAGGCGGAGGUGUAGCUCUUAUGAGACAUGCGUUGGUCCGAUUCUCUCACGCGCUAGGGACUGAUGUGAAAUGGUAUGUGCCAAAGCCUCGCCCAGGUGUUUUCCGUGUGACCAAAACAAACCACAACAUCCUACAGGGUGUUCAGCACGAAGGAGAACGACUCACCGAGGAGAACUGGGCCCACGUCACCGACUGGAUUCAUGAGAACGCCAAUCGGCCGGUUAUCUUCCGAAGCCACAUUUCAAUCCACACGGACCUGAUCUCCCAGCCAGGUUCUCCACAGGAAGAAGCCUGGAACCGGAUGUGGCAACAGAUCAAAGAUGCCGAUAUUUUCAUCAGUCAUCCAGUGAGGACCUUCGUGCCACAGAAUGUACCUCGACAGACAGUCGGCUAUAUGGCUCCAUCAACAGACUGGCUGGACGGAUUGAAUAAGAAUAUGCGCGAUUGGGAUGUCGCUUUCUACGGGCGUGUGUUCAAUGGUAUAUGUAGAAACUCGGCCAUGACCACCAUCAACUAUCCUGAAGACGAGUAUAUCACUCAAAUUGCGCGGUUUGAUCCAUCUAAGGGAAUUCCGGAAGUCGUGGAAUCAUAUGUCAAGUUCCACGAGCGCUUCACGAUGGCGCUACCCGACAAGAAGCCACCCAAGCUAUUAAUUUGUGGACAUGGUUCCAUUGAUGACCCCGACGGAACCUCAAUCCAUGAUGCCGUGGUGUCCCACGUCCGGGAGAAUCUCCCCCACUUGGCGGACUACAUCUGUGUCGCCCGACUCGGCCCAUCGGACCAGGUGCUGAAUGCACUUCUCUCGAAGGCCAAGGUUGUCUUGCAGCUGUCUACACACGAAGGUUUCGAGGUCAAGGUCUCCGAAGCCAUCCACAAGGGAAAGCCGGUCAUUGCAACUAAGGUUGGUGGUAUCCCGCUGCAGGUGGCGGCAGGGAGGAAUGGCUUUUUGGUGGAAGUUGGCGACACCGAUGCAGUAGCCCAACAUCUUUUUGAUCUGAUAACCAACGAUAAGCUCUACAACGAGAUGCACCAGUUCGCGGUGCAGCAUGUCUGCGAUGAAGUGAGCACGGUCGGCAACAUGCUGAACUGGCUGUACCUGGCAUCGAGGCUCUCAAAAGGUGAGAGGAUCAAACCCAAUGAACAGUGGAUCAACGACAUGGCACGCGCCAGUGCGGGGCAGGAGUACGCCCCUGGCGAGAACAGGUUGAACCGCGCGCUUGACCCCGAGAAGGUGGUUAAAUGA